CUGGAAUCUUCCCUACUCCAUUGAUUUAUUAUCUUUGCAAAUCCAACAAUUGCUUCGGAGUGUCCCUUGCCUCCAAGGAUGACCUUGGUCACUCUAUAAUUUCGAUCCCUCGAUUCUAUCAUUCCCCCGCAAUACUAUCAUCCCACACCAUGUCGAAUCUCCCCUCCCACGCCUCCCCGACCCUCACCGCGCAACAACCCUCCUCCACCCCGGCAGUAGAUGAUGACCUGUCGCUGAAUGCACCAUCGGAUGAGGCACAGUCGUCUCGGACCGCCAGGGUCGAGGAUCUCCGCAACGAUGCGGCCAGCCACAUCCGCAGCCUGGGCCAAGACCGUGGCGACAUGACCCCCGCCGUCCCCGGCUCCCUCCUCUCCCCGUCCUUCACCCCUCCAGCAACCCCCGGGGGCACCUUGAACCAAGAGCAGCUCCUCAGGGAUGUGAACGCGCAGCCCGCGACCACGGGCAAGCGGCCCAAACUUCUCCCCCGCCUCCCCUCGGUCGAGUGCAUCGUGCGCGCGCGCAUCCCCACCACCAAUGGCGCCGAAAUGUUCCUUCACCUCUACCACAACGACCUCGAUAACAAGGAACACCUCGCGAUCGUGUUCGGAAAUAGCAUCCGGAGCCGCAGUCUGGACAAGGUGCGACCGGGGGAGACGGAGAUGGACCGCAUGAUCCGGGGGGCGUACACCGGCAAGUUGCACCCCGGUCGCCUGAGCAGCUGGGACGAGGAGACGGGACCAGAAGAGGGAUCCGCGACAGCUGACGGUCCCCUCCCCGUCCGUCCGUCAUCGGCGCAAGGCAAUGCCAGCCAGGCGCCACUGGUGCGCAUCCACUCCGAGUGCUACACGGGCGAGACGGCGUGGUCCGCCCGCUGCGACUGUGGGGAACAGCUCGACGAGGCCGCCCGGUUGAUGUCGCUCCCGAUGGAGACCCUCGCGGCGGUCGCGGCGCAGACCGAGGCCGCCCUCCCCGUGCCGUCCAACACGUCCGGUGGCGUGAUCGUCUACCUCCGGCAGGAAGGUCGCGGGAUCGGCCUGGGGGAGAAACUCAAGGCCUACAACCUGCAGGAUCUGGGGUCGGACACGGUUGAGGCGAAUUUGCUUUUGCGCCAUCCUGCGGAUGCCCGGAGCUAUGGUUUGGCCACGGCCAUUCUGGUCGACCUGGGCCUGGGCGCCGACGCCAAUUCUCACGGCAUUCGGCUCCUCACUAAUAACCCGGAUAAGGUGCGCGCGGUCGAGGGCCCCAACCGGGAGGUCCAGGUGAAAGAGAGGGUGCCGAUGGUCCCGUUGGCCUGGAGGUCUGGGGGGAAGCUGGGGAUCAAGAGUAUAGAAGUUGAGGGCUAUUUACAAACCAAGAUCUCCAAGAUGGGUCAUAUGAUUCAAUGAGAGCUUCUCUCUUUUUUCUUCUUCUUCUUCUUCUUCUUCUCUGCUCUUCAGUUGCUGUGUUCCUGGCUCUUUUCUCGUUCUAUAUACUCAAUGUUCUGUUCAUGUUCAUCCUCCAUUGGAGCUUCUGUUGUCAUGAAAAGCGCAGCGUCAUUGACGGAUCCGAUCCUGUAAAUCUCCCCUUUCCUCUUUCCACCUGGAUCUUGUGUUUUUCUUUGGGAUUUUGGUUACUAUGGUUGGCAUUCUUUGGUGCGUGUCUCGCUCCGGACCAGGUUUCUUGAUGAUCUAUUUUUAUUUUCUCAUAUUGAGUCACUGUGGAUACCGCCGUAUCUUCUUGAGUCAGUGGCUCGGCGUUUAAUUUCAAGGGGUGUUCGUUCCAUGAUAGAGAG